UGAGCUAGCGGCAUAAAGACACUAGCGCCAACCGGCGCGAGCUUAGCCCGCUGACUAGCCCGUCAAAGCUCGCUCGUUUGCAACCAAAACGCCAUCUGGACACACGUCGCUCGCCACCCUUGCAGCGUCGCCUCCGUUUUCGCGCGCGCGUGCACCCAGCACAAAUAGCUGGUACCAUGCGGCUGUGUUUAGUUUUGCUAGCCGCCGCGGCCGCGGCCAAGCGCCAGCAACCACCACCGCCCGCGGACGACCGCCAGCUCUUCCGCGAGGCGCUACAGGAGCGAGAUUUCAAAACCGCACUAAAAACAGCACCAGCGGCGUACGCCACCUGGUGGCAACAAUUACUCAAAGACGACCCGUACCACGUCUUUAUUGAAACAUUACUGAUUGCCUUCCUCCUGUACUUGUUGUACGGCACGCGCCGCGCGAAAAACUCCCAAAAAAAGGAGCAAGCAUUGACCGACAGAGAAAUCGACGACCUCGUCAGCGACUGGGCCCCCGCGCCGCUCGUAGGAACGGCGAGCGCGCCGCCGCCGGCCAUGCGCGUCGUGACGCCCGCGGCACAACCGGGCCGCGUGCACGUGCGCAAGGACACGAACACCGCGAAGUGGUCGUCUGGCGACCCCCUCACCAAGCCGACGAAGCAGGGCGCCCUGAACUGCGGCGCCUUCGACUUCCUGGCCAUGGGGUCCUCGGUCAAGGUGCGCGAGGCGGCCCAGGCAGCUUUAACGAAGUACGGCUGCGGGAGCUGCGGCCCGCGCGGCUUCUACGGCUCGAUCGACGUCCACGAGCAGCUGGAAGCCAGGGUCGCGUCGUUCUCGCACACGAAGCAGGCCAUCGCGUUUUCCGAUGCCGCUUCUUGUUGCACGUCGACCGUCGCCGCGUUCGCGAAAAGAGGCGACCUAUUAGUGGUCGAUGAUGGGAUCUCGGAACCUUUAAGGACGGGCUGCGUGCUAUCGAGAGCAAGAGUCGUCGCGUACAAGCACAACGACGCUAAUGAUUUAAAAAGAGUUAUGGAGGGGAUUAGACAGGCGGACCGGCGGAAGGGCCGCGCCCCAACCGCUCAAAGAAGGUUCGUGGUCUGCGAGGCCGUGUCGCGAGACCACGGCGGCGACGUCGCGCCGCUGAAGGAGAUUUUGGCACUGAAGGACGAGUUCGGCUACCGUUUGAUUCUGGACGAGUCGCUCUCCUGGGGCGUCUUGGGCGCGACGGGCCGGGGCCUCAAGGAGGCUUGUGGCAUCGAGGAUCCUACUUCCGUUGAGAUCACGUGCGUGGACCUCGCGCCGGCUUUAGGUUCGAACGGAGGCUUGUGUAUUGGCACGGACGAAGUGGUAGCCCACCAGCGGUUGAGUGGAGCGGGCUACUGCUUCUCGGCGGCGGCGCCGCCCUUCUAUUCGGCCGCCGCUUUGGCGGCGCUGGACAUCUUAGAUUCUAGUGAGGGGCAAAAACGACUCUCAAAACUGCGUAGCAACGCGUCUUUACUGAGAAAGGAGCUGGCCAAGGCCUUCGACGGCGACGCUUUGUUGAGUGUCGUCGGUACAAAUAUAGAGGUCGACCUGGAGGAUGAUCUGGACGUGCCCUUCGUGUUGCUGGAAGGUGCGUCAUCAAAGACCCUCGACGCCAUCAUCGACGCGGCCUACGCCAGUGGCUACGCCGUGUCCCUCGCGACGCCGCCGGCCGACGACGCGGCGCCGGCCCUGCCGCCCCUCAAAAAGAAGCCGCUCGCGCUCCGCGUGACGACGACGGCCGACCACGGCGCGGCGGACGUGAGGGGGCUCGUGGCGGCGCUGGCGAAGGCGUCGGCGAAGGCGACCGCCUAGGUAUCAUCUAUUUUCGUUACUCUUGGG